AUGGAGACCACCGAUCCCGCAACCGGCGCGCCCCUCCCCACCGACGCGAUCCAGCGCAUCCUCUUCCUCGCCUCCGGCGCCCACGUCUACAACAUCCCGCCCCUGGCCUCCAACAAGGGCUACACGGCCGCCGGCUGGACCGAACGCCAGAUCUUCACCGCCCGCCUGCGCGUCCUCGAGACCGCCUGGGAGACCGCCGCCGCCGCCCAGCCCGUCCCCGUCGGCGCCACGGGCAGCGCCGUCAUCCCCGUCGCCCCGGGCGCCCCCGCCGGCAUCACCACCAAGGAGAACCACAUCAAGGUCGACAUCGUCCUCGAGGACCCCUCCAACGGCCAGCUCUUCGCCGCCGCCCCCUACACCUCCAUCACCGUCGUCGAGCCCGUCCUCGACUCCUCCCGCUUCUUCGCCGUCCGCGUCCAGGACGGCCAGGGCCGCAAGGCCGUCCUCGGCAUCGGCUUCGAGGAGCGCAGCGAGGCCUUCGACUUCGGCGUCGCCCUGCAGGAGGCCCAGAAGAGCCUGGGCCUGCUGGACGCGAGCCAUGCCAAGCAGGCUGCCGAAAACAGCAAGCGCGCCGAGGAGGAGAAGACCAAGGACUACAGUCUGAAGGAGGGCGAGACUAUCACCAUCAACUUUGGCGGCUCCAAGCUCGGAAGGCGGUCGAGGGGGCCCUCGGCCGCGUCGUUGACGGGACCGCCUGACGGCGCGAGCUUGCAGGCUUUCUCGUUACCGCCGCCGCCUGCUGCGCCCAAGAGCAGCGGGAACGGAAGCUUCCUGCCGCCGCCGCCGAGUUCACAGAGCGUGCGGGACCAGAAGCGGGAGAAGAGGAAAUCUGCGCAGGAUCUGGGAUUCGACGAUGGACAGUUUGGAGAGUUCGCCUGA